GUUCACAUCCGCAAUAUUAAUCCAGCCGAAAAGUGCUCAACAAUUAUUUCCGUGUUGGGACGAGCCGACAUUAAGGGCCACCUUCAAUAUUUCCAUACAACAUCAUAAAGAACUUAACGUUUUAUCGAAUAUGCCGAUACAAGAAUACAAAUCUGUGGACGAUUUCACGAUGUAUACAGUGUUCCAGACGACACCCCCAAUAUCUAUAUAUAACGUAGCAAUUAUAAUGUCCGGUCUGGACCAAGUUCUUAAUUCGACUGAGACUGUGGUCAAUACAUGGUGUAGACCGCACUUGAAAUCUCACAUGACAUUCGCUCAAUAUGUCGCUGGAAAUGUAACUGAGUAUUUAGGAAACAAUUUCAAGAUCUUGAAAGAAAUUCCAAAAGUGGAUUAUGUUGCUAUUCCAAGUUUAAACAAAAGAAUCGAAAAGACUUGGGGACUUAUUUUUUACAAUGAAGCAGAUAUUAUCUACAAUGAAGAGUUACAUCCUGCUUCGUAUAAAAUUACAGUAAUGCGCUCAGUAACUCGUGAUAUAAUAUAUCAAUGGUUUGGUAAUCUCUUCACUCCAUUUUGUCUCUCAUCUUAUCGGUUAUUAAAUAAAGGACUUAUUACAUUCCUUGAGACACAUAUUAUCAAAAAGGUCUAUCCAGAUUUUGAAAACAUCACAAAUUUGUUGGUAGUUGAAACUCAACAUGAAGCUCUUCAUCUAAACUCUUAUUCCGCUAUGAACUCUUUUGCAACAAACACAAGCAGUAUAUCUGAAAUUUGUUCACAUUUUCCAUUUUCUCGUAUCAUAGGACCCGCUAUAUGGCGCAUGUUGAAUGGUACACUUCCCCGUAAUUCCUUGUUAAUGGGUUUAGACACAUACUUUAAUACUCGAUUUCCUAACUUUAAUUCGCCAACUCCCGAUGAUCUAUGGAGUUUUAUAAAGACUGGUAUAGAUGGUAAAUUAAAAAAUAAACUGUAUAAUCUAAGCAUAAAACAGAUAAUGGAUAUUUGGAUUACACAAACGUAUUGCCCUGUGGUAAACGUGAAACGAGAUUAUUCUAAUAAUCUUGUAAAAAUAUCGAAAGAGAUUAAUGACAAAUUAGAUCGGAAACCAUAUUUUAUACCUGUGAGCUAUGUUAAGGAAACGAACAUCAAUUUUGUCAAUAUCUCGCUACAAAGUUUCAAUUGUUUAACGCAGUCGAAUCCAGAGAUGAAAAUCAACUACGAUAGUAAAGAUAAAUGGUUCAUUGCCAACAUAUUACAAACUGGAUACUAUCGCGUCAAUUAUGACACCGAAAAUUGGCGAAUGAUCGCGCGUUAUUUAAAAUCCAAAAAAUACGAGAAUAUACAUGUUAUCAAUCGAGCGCAAAUCAUCGAUGAUGCGUUCCAUCUUGCGAUGGAAAAGAAACUUGAUUUCUCCAUAUUUUGGGAACUCGCGAGCUACUUAAAGCAAGAGAAGGAUUAUGUAGCAUGGUAUCCUAUGAUUAAAGUUUUUGAACGUAUAUCCAGUGUCUUUGCAAUUACAACAACUCAUGAUGAACAUCUCAAGGAAAUAAAAAUAAAAAUAGGAAGCUUAUUUGAAAAGGCAGAGAACGAUAUGUACAAUCAAACAGAAGCUAACAUAACCAACAAUGUUCUUAAUAAAUAUUUAAAGCAAGAACUCACAAAAUGGGGAUGUCUUAUCAAUAAUCCCUUGUGUAUGCAGAUGGCCAAAGAACAAUUUGAAUGGCAUCUAUCAGAUCCUGAAACUAGGAAACUUUUACCUGGGUGGAAGAAAUUGAUAUCUUGUAAUGGUUUAAAGACUGCUAACUAUAGUGUAUGGUUCAGUGCAUGGACCAACGCGUUGAAUGUAUACAAAGAGAAAUCUGAUUAUGAAAUGUUGAAAUUUAGCAGUUCUUGCUCUGAUCAUCCGCGAAAGUAUUUUCAUCUAUUAUUUAUUCAAAGGUCAUCUCAAACGAUGAUCACCGAUUUUGAAACAUCAACACGGAAAAAAGAGCACUCCUAUGCUUUAAUUGCAGAUAUUUAUCUUUCUAUGCUUGCCAUGCAAGCAAAGAAUCCUACACUGCUUAAAGAUAUAUUGGAUUUACCUAACUUAAAUAGUAUAAAAAACAGCCGAAUCAGUACGAUUGCAACAUUAAUUGUCAUUAUUAAUAAUGUGUAUUCCAAGAAUGAACUGGACAUGAAAUUUAUUACGUCUUUUUAG